GUAAUUUCCUUCCCACCAAGAAAAAAGCAAAACCCUUAUUCUCUCUCAUCUUUAUAUUUAGAUUUUUUUUCUUCUUUCAAGAUUUGACAAAGAACAAUGGAGAAAUCAGACAUAGAGAGUGGUGUAGUGAUCGGUGAUAAGGAGCUUUAUCCUAAGAUGACGGAGAGCCCCGGGCUCCGCUGGGCUUUCAUAAGGAAGGUUUACGCCGUCUUGACUCUUCAGCUGAUCGUGACUGUAGGAGUCUCCUCAGUCGUUUUCUUCGUAGGCGACAUCUCUGUCUUCGUCACGACAACCACACCCGGCCUUGUCGUCUUCUUCGUCUCGCUCGUUAUUCCUCUCCUCAUGCUGUGGCCACUGAUUGUGUUUGCCAAGAAGCAUCCCGUCAACCUCAUAAUCUUAAUGCUCUUCACCCUCACCAUCUCUUUCGCCGUGGGACUUUGCUGCUCUUUUUCAAAAGGGAAGAUUGUUCUGGAGGCAGCGAUUCUCACAGCUACAAUGGUCCUGGGGUUAACGAUAUACACUUUCUGGGCAGUAAGGAGAGGCCAUGACUUCUCUUUCCUUGAACCAUUCCUCUUCGGAGCCCUCCUUAUCAUCCUUGUCUUCUCUAUCAUACAGGUACUCCAUCCUCUGGGGAAGCUAUCGUCGAUGAUAUUCAGCUGUUUCGCUUCAGUCGUGUUCUGCGGUUACAUUGUCUACGACACGAAUCAGCUGAUCAAGAAACUCAACUACGACGAGUAUAUCCAUGCUGCUAUUUGUCUUUAUCUCGACGUCAUCAAUCUCUUCCUCCAUAUCCUUGGUUUUGCCAUCCACACCUAGUGAUUUGAUGCAUCAUGCACACAUCCUAUCUGUUAAUGUCCUCGUCAUGGGUUACUUAGAACUAGUUCAAGACACAAACUUUAAAAGGCUAGGUUAUGCUAUUUGCUUUAAAUAAUUGUUAAAUAUAUAUUUUGUGUAAAGAUCGAUUAUGAUAACUCUUAAAUCUCAAGACUUUCGGUUUAAGAGGUUCCUUGUUUUGCAAGGAAUAUCUAGAAGAAAAGCUACAUGUGAUUUGGAAUAUUCGAUAAUAUCUGCUCAGUUUUCCAAUA